UCUUUUUUUAACAUUUAAAAUAUAAAUUGUGAAAAAAAUAAAAUUCCCCAUUUCCUCGCCACACCCUCUUUCGUGAAGCACAGUUCAUCACGAUCUCUAUCUUUCUCUCUCUAACACAAAUUCUCUCUCUCUAGAAUCGACGAUGGGAAAGGGACCGGGUCUCUACUCCGAUAUCGGAAAGUUAGCCAAAGAUCUUUUGACAAAGGACUACAACUCCGAUCAGAAACUCACCGUUAAAUCUUACAGCACCACCGGAGUGGCCUUCACUUCAACUGCUCUGAAGAAAGGAGGACUCUCAACUGGAGAUGUGGCAGCACUGUACAAGUAUAAGAACACCCUUAUUGAUGUCAAACUGGACACAGCAUCAACUAUCAACACGACCCUCACAUUCACCGACCUUUUUCCAUCCACGAAGACUAAAGCUUCAUUUAAGUUUCCUGAUUACAAUUCUGGCAAGUUGGAGAUUCAAUACUUCCAUGACCAUGCUACCAUAACCUCAGUCGCUACACUCAAGCAAUCCCCUAUCUUUGAUGUUUCUGCCACUUUCGGUACCCCAACCGCCGCAUUUGGUGCUGAGGCAGGCUAUGAUACUAAAUCUGGUCAUUUUACUAAAUACAACACUGGGAUUAGUUUCACGAAAGCCGAUUCAUCUGCAGCAGUAAUCAUUGGCGACAAGGGUGACAGCAUUAAAGUAUCGUACGUCCACCAUUUAGACCAAUUCAAGAAGAGUGCAGCUGUUGUGGAUAUUACAAGAAAGUUCUCAGCAAAUCAGAAUACUAUUACGGUUGGCGGGUCUUUUGCUAUUGACCCUCUUACACAGGCCAAAGUAAGGUUCAACAAUUAUGGAAAACUUGGGGGCCUGCUACAGCACGAGAUUUUCCCCAAGUCAGUACUGACUAUUUCUGGUGAGGUUGAUACCAAGGCCCUGGAUAAAAAUCCCAAGUUUGGUUUGGCCAUUGAUCUCAAACCUUGAAGUUUUCCCUUAUUUUUGAAACGUGUGAUUGAAAUCAAAACUCUAUUCAAUAUUUUUUUGGUGGCUCUUGAAGGGAGGGCAGAAUAAUAAGUUCCACAGAUGAGCGUUUCUAGGUUCUUUCUAAACGGAUGAAUCAUCUCAAUAACUUGAAUCCACGUAUUGCUUCUGUUUCCCAUUUUUUCUUAAAUUUUCUACGUACACUGUAGUAGACAUUCUGAUAUAUGGAAGUCUUGUUCUCUUGGAGGAUUCUUAUCAA